UGAGAAAAAGGCAGCAAGCCCAAAAUGAAGGAACACAGGCUGUGUCUCAAGCAACUGGAAACCAGAGGCCCAACAACACCUGUUGCUUCUGCUGGUGCUGCUGUUGUAGCUGCUCCUGCUACUAAUAGGGAGAAAAUAAAUGAGAAAAACCGAACAGAACUAAGCAAAAAUCAAAAUGACUCUCCACUUUUAAAGCCUCACGGUCAGGAAUGAGGAAAGAGGAGACUCUGCGGGGAGACCCCCACACGCCACAAAAAUGGAGAGCAUCCAGGUCCUAGAGGAGUGCCAAAACCCCACUGCCGACGAGGUCUUGUCCUGGUCUCAGAAUUUUGACAAGAUGAUGAAGGCUCCUGCAGGAAGAAACCUUUUCCGAGAGUUCCUCCGAACAGAGUACAGCGAGGAGAACCUCCUCUUCUGGCUAGCCUGCGAAGACUUAAAGAAAGAGCAGAACAAAAAGCUGGUCGAGGAAAAGGCCAGGAUGAUAUAUGAAGACUACAUUUCCAUACUGUCGCCGAAAGAGGUCAGCCUGGAUUCUCGAGUUAGGGAGGUGAUCAACAGGAACCUGCUGGACCCUAGCCCUCACAUGUAUGAAGAUGCCCAGCUUCAGAUCUACACUCUGAUGCACAGGGAUUCUUUCCCGAGAUUCUUGAACUCGCAGAUCUAUAAAGCUUUUGUUGAAAGUACUGCCACCUCUUCUUCUGAAUCUUAGUUUUCAUUUGAAAGGCCAAAACCAAAAUCGUUUCAGAGGGCUGGGACAGGAAAUAUAAGUAGUUACAUGGCAUCAGACAUUGAGUUCCUGGAGAAUUACUACAGGUGGGCACCCUUGGGCUGCUGGCGAGAGAGUCGUGAAGGCCCUUGUCUCCAUUUUUUUAUCGAGUUUAUCCAUGAUUCUGUUUGGGGAAAAGCCUGUAUAAGAGUUGCCAAAUUACGUUUGUCUGAUUUAACACUUGUUCUACUUGCGAGCAACCUGUGUUCCUAGUCCUCUGAACAGACUCCUAGUGCAUCUCCAGAGGCCGCAUGUGCAAAGUACAACUGCUUUGUCUGCCCCUUAGUUGUACUAUUUAAUCAGUAGCAUAACUUAUAUCUGUAUUUAAGGACUUUUGUGCAAUAUGGUCUCUUAGAAACAAUUGCCAACAGAUUGGCUGUGGUUUGCAUUUUUAAGCAUAAUCUGAUACAAAAAAAAAAAAAAAAAGGCUAUUUUAGUCAUGUAACUGUGAUAUUUAACCAUGCUACAUACCAUGUUUAGUACGUGGACUUUGAAGCCAAUUUUUCUGACCAUGAAAAGAAAAAGUAGCUGUUUAUCUCUGCCUGUUGACAGACCUUAGUUUGAGGUCCCUCUGGUUGUUCACUGCCCAAACUCUGGCAUUUUCAUCACAGAAGAGUUUGCUACGUUUAAAAAAAAAAAAAACCCAAAAAAAUGAUAAGAAAAGUUUUUUUAAAAAGCACAAAAACAAUCUGAAGAUAUCCCAUCUCGUUGAAAAUUCCAAGAGUGAUUUUCUUUUUUUAGGUAAAAAGAAGAAACGAGUCUAUGUAUAUAUCAAAUGUCCAACAAUGUCAUUAACUUAUUAAAGAAUGACUUUCCAGUUCUAAAAUAGUUGUGUAAACAAUAUGCUUGGGUAUGUAAAGAAAAAGAUUUCGUAAGAAUGCCUACACGUAGCACUGAAAAAAAAAAAAAAACACCUUGAGGGAUUGCACCUGGCGCGUAUAAUCCCGUGAAAAGCUUAAGAUUUUCCUAAGCAACAUUUUACAAGGAGUUAUGAAGAUGAAACUCUUCGAUGUCAGACCUUAACUGUUUUCAUGUAGUAUCUCAAGAAGGACUUGUUUUAACAUUGUUCAAAACAAUCAGCCCUCAGCCACAAAUAGAAGGCAAUGCUCAAACCAUUUAGCUGCCAAUAUUACUUUUUGUAAUUCCAUCAACUUUUACAUGAAAUACUCACCUGACCUUGGCAUGAAUCUCUGACCUUCAGAACAGUGUUGUUUUGUGCAAAAACCAAAAUUACAAUCAUCACAUCGAUAUCAAGGUCUUAUCUUUCAGUAUCAAUAUCCCCAAGACUAUUUUUUUAAUCUUAAAUUCAAUGAAUAUAAUGUUGAGUAAUCUAAAAAGAAAA